UUAAUCAAAAUGUGCAUAAAUAUUCUAUAAACGUUCCUUUCAACUCUACCAGUUAAGGUCAGCGCACGAAUCACUCAAUGAGUCAGCCUAACAUAUUGGUUGUGUUCAGUCGGCGCGCAGACGUGUACACAUACCUAGUAACAAUAUAACUGUAUACAAACAAAAUAUAUCGAUUACAAGAUAUAAUAUUUCUUAUCUUUUAUAAGUGAUUAUUAUCUGUGCAACUUUAAUUAGCGGGAAAGAGUCGACUGCGUACAUACGUACAAUCGCACAAAAAGUUUGUAAGCGGGAGACAUUAGUGGGAAAACCCAAGUGAAAAAACAAGUGCUCCAAUAAACUUUUGAAGUUGAAAGAACGACAGUUAACAAGAUUGUCUUCAAUCAAAUCAGACAAGAAUACAAAUAGAAACAUCAAUCAAAAAUGGAAAACCCCAAAAGAGCCGACCCUGACAUAAAGGACAAACAGCCUAGUGGAUCAAAUGUUUUAGCUGAUCAAAAUAAUAACGAGAUAAUUACUUUCCAACAUGAGCUAAGAGAUAUAUUUUCGAAUUACUCUAAGAAUUUCAAUGUUGUUCAUAUUAAUGCUCAGAGUAUACCUAAACAUUAUCUCUCUUUCUUAGCAACAUUCGUAAAUCUUCAUAAUGUCGAUGCUGUUUUGGUAUCAGAGACAUUCCUAAAACAGUCAAUGAAUUCAAAGGCGGGCGAUAUACCAGGUUAUAACCUGAUCCGUAAUGACAGAGUGGGCAAAGGUUGUGGAGGAGUCGCAAUUUAUUUACGCAAAGAACUCAAGUAUAAACAUGUGGCCAAAUCUUUGAGUUAUUACACAAGUUCCGCUGAAUAUAUAUUCAUUGAAGUCUACCAUAAUAAAACUAAAAUACUUUUGGGUGUGUUCUAUAGUCCGAAUUCCACUAUUAAUUAUUUUUCAACUUUAGAAGAUUUAUUCAAAAAGUAUCGUUCUGACUAUAAAUAUGUGAAUAUCCUUGGGGAUUUUAAUACUGAUAUAUUGAAAGCGAACAGACGUGUAGAUAGAUUGUUUUCGAUUAUUAAAAACCACAGUUUAUAUCUGCCGCCCCUGGGGCCGACUCAUUUUUCUCCCGGUACAAAAGCCUCUGCUUUAGAUCUGAUAAUUGUCUCGGAGAAAGACAUUGUCGCAAAGCACGGUCAACUAGGGAGUGGUUUCUCAUAUCAUGACAUGAUCUAUGUAUCAAAUAAAAUAAAGCCUUGGCGAAGAAGACCGAAACUGAAUGAAGAACCUAUUUGGCAAAAAGUUGACGCUGAAGCAGCUCUUUCAGAACAAAGGAGAGCAUUAAGUAUCUACAAGCAGAGUGAACGUGUUGAUGAUGAUUUAAUGAAGUAUAGGAACGGCCGAAAAAGUAUUGAAAAACUUGAGAAAGAAUUUCAACGUGAAAAGAGCAAAAUCCAAAAAUCACCAAAGAAAUAAUUUUAAACAUCUUGUAACUUUUUAAUAUUUUAUAUCAUUUUUUAUUGU